UAAGUCGGCUGCGUAGGGCAGGCAUGCAGUAGCUGCUCACAAGGAAGGGCAGCAGGGACACAAAUGGCAUUUGGGUGAGGAUUUCCAUCUUCUGCCUUCUGAGAUUGUUUUACCUGCAUGGUGGGAGAUGUUUCUAAGUGAGAUACUUCAUGCUGUCUUUGUAUACGAAUGACAUGGAAACAAAACUCAGUUAUCGAGCAUCGAAGAAGGGUGCCAACGGUGCUUCAACCACGGCUUCAGUCAAGAAAGUAAAGCGGAAAAAGAAUAAAGUUAAACAGACUGUGAAAGGCAGAGAAUCAAAAGAAAGUGGAAUUCACAGUCCAGAUUUCGACAUCGAGACCCGGUUGGAGGGAGAUGGAACCUUAACUGAUGUAACAGACAGCGAGUUGUCUCCCGCCAGGAAGGUGACAAGGCUACCUCUCCUUGACUCCAAGAUGUCCCUCACCACUCGGCCUUCCGACCAGGCCUGCUACAAGCUGAAAACGUCACUAUCGAUGUCACCACCGCAGACGCUGCCGCUGUCGACGAUCCCCGCAAGCGAGAAAACGUCCGUCGACGAGGUCACUACCCGCGUAGCCACCAUGGCAGUCAAAAAGCCUCAGGCGAAGUCUCGCAUCAGAAGCCACAUCGGAAAGUCGACCCAAGCGAUCAAGUCGUCCCGAAACAGACCAAAGCAGGGCGAUGCAGCACGGCAGCAGCAGCAGCGCCAGCAGCAGCACGAGCCGGAGGAAGCAUCAGCCACGUUCAACGAGACGCUGCGGUGGGAGUACGUGGUGGAGAACACGGAGGAGGAGCGCGAGCGGGUGGCGGCCUACAAAGUCAACCGACGCCAGCGCUACCUGGCGGCGGCGCGGGCCAAGGGACUGCAGUGGGCGGUGGAGCAGGCCGCCCCGUCCCCACAGUCCGAGGACUCCGGAGUGGAGACUGCUUGCGCUUCGCCGGGGAGCUUUGCUGUCUACAGAACUAUGCCGAGAAUGCGAGUUGUUCAGAAGCAGAAAGCCUUGGCAGAGACUCUUGUGAAGUGUUAGCUUCGCCAUCUCCACGUUCUCGGGUGGUUUUUUUUUUUUUUGUUUUUUUUUUAAUUCUCAUACUCUCCCCCACCCACUCCGCCCUACCUUCUCUCUCCCACGUAGCCCACCCGGCGUUACUUCCCUUUACCCUUCGUCCCUUGUGUGAUUUUUCUUGGAGACGUCUUAGGUCAAUUCUGUUACUUUUAGAGGCCUUUUAAGUAUAUAGAAUGGUUAAAUAUGGAAAUCAGUUAUAUUUCAAAAUUCCGAGGAAUAAACUUGGGCCAGGAUAUUUCUUUUCAUCAACGGUUGUGAUCUCGCUCAACGAACAAAAUAUACUCUGAGUACAUGUUCGGGUAUCUUACCUGUGAUAGGUACACACAUCGAAUGUGGGUAAAGGGAUGGCAUUUUAUUAUAAUCACCGGUAUCACGUUAAAAUAAAGGUUUCUACCUGA